AUGAGCGAACGGGAUGAAGUCGGAGUGAAAAAGCGAACAAUCAGGGGCGUGGUGUUCGACAUGGAUGGAACGUUGUGCGUGAGCGCAGCGUUGGACUUUACGGAGAUGCGACGACGCGUGGGAUGCGCGACGGCGGAUAUUUUGGGUGAGGUCGACUCGUGGGACGCCGAGCGAAGGGCAAAGGCGUACGAAAUCAUCGGAGAGAUGGAACGCGAGGCGCUGCGGACGACGACCAUCAUGCCUGGCGCUGUGGACGUCGCGGCUACGCUGGAUGAGAUGAAGAUCCCGCGAGCUCUCGUGACGCGAAACGCAGCGAGCUCGGUGGACUUUUUUCAUGACGAGGUGUGGUCGAUCGCUCCGUUCUCGCCGUGGUUGAGUCGGGAGUUUAAGCCGUACAAGCCGGCGCCGGAUGCGCUGUUGCACAUUUGUGAGAAGUGGGGAUGCUCAGCGAGCGAGAUUAUCAUGGUCGGCGACAGCGCAAAGGAUGAUGUCGUGAGUGGAAACCGCGCCGGGGCGAUUACCGUGCUCCUGGACAGCGGGCGAACUAAAAAGUGGUCGGAGGAAUUUGGCGUAGAUAAGCUGGCCGAAGAGAUGACGCCGCACUUUAUUUGCGCCAACAUGAGCGAGUUGCAGACGCUUCUCACACAAUCCGAUUACUUUGAGUUUGCCAAUUAA